UUUUAAAAAAUAGAGAAUCAAAGUUGGCCUUUAAAAAAUGCAUCGAUAUAAUCUCUUUUUAUUUUCCCCUAAUUUAUGUCGGAAAUCCAUAUAAGAACACAUUUUGUUUGUAAUUUAGUAUAAUUAUGCUAAUUCUCUGCCGAAGGAUGUUCAAAAAGACAAUAUACGAGGUCGUUAACAUCAACCUAUGUCUGAUAAUAAUUUGACUCUUCGUCUUCGUCUUCGUCUUGCUUCUCCAUAAUUUUUUUAAUUUAUUUAUUCAUUUUCGACCUUUUCUCAACUACCUCGUUCCCUCUUCAACCAUUCUCAAUUUCCAAUUUUCAAUCGAGUUCUUUCUCUCCUUGCCUCCACACGUUAUCUUGUUCUCUACAGUUGAAUGAAGCAAAUGGAACAAGAAAAAGCACAUAUCUUGGAAGCAAGAGCGGGAGAGGAAAUUGAGAUGCCAAUUGUGUCUGACUCAGACAGACUUGAUCUUCUGACAACGACGGCGUCGGUCUGUCGUUUUUCGAGAAAGGAAAACAGUGAUGGUGCGUCGAAUGAAUCGGUGAAGAAACUUUCUUUACUGAUAGUUUUCUAUGCUGUUGUUAUGGUUGUUGAACUUAUUGGAGGAAUGAAAGCUCACAGCUUGUCUGUUAUCAGUGAUGCUGCACAUUUGCUUUCUGAUAUUGCUGGAUUUGCGAUAUCUCUGUUUGCAGUGUGGGCUUCGGGUUGGGAGGCAACGCCUCGUCAAUCUUUCGGAUACAAUCGUCUUGAGGUUUUGGGGGCUCUUUUAUCUGUUCAGUUAAUUUGGUUCAUAUCUGGUUUUUUAAUAUAUGAAGCAGUUGGUAGAAUUCUUUAUAGAAAUGAUAGUGUGAAUGGAAAACUCAUGUUUGCAAUUGCAACAUUUGGUUUUGUUCUUAACUGUAUCAUGGUUUUAUGGCUUGGUCAUGAUCAUAGUCAUCAUCAUGGAUUUGGAGAUUCACAUGGUCACGAUCAUGAUCAUGAUCAUAGUCAUCAUCAUGGAUUUGGAGAUUCACAUGGUCACGAUCAUAAUCAUGAUCAUAGUCAUCAUCAUGGAUUUGGAGAUUCACAUGGUCACGAUCAUAAUCAUGAUCAUGAUCAUAGUCAUCAUCAAUGUCGUGGAGACGCGGAUCAUGAUCAUGGGAUAGAGGAACUGUCUAAAAUAACUGAUGAGGAGAAUCUUACUAUGAUUUCAAAUGGUAAGAGAAAAAUGAAUGUUUUGAACAUUAAUCUCCAAGGGGCUUAUUUGCAUGUGAUGACUGAUAUGAUUCAAUCUAUCGGAGUGAUGAUUGCCGGAGGAGUAAUAUGGGCUAAACCCGAAUGGUUUAUAGUAGAUCUUUUAUGUACUCUCGUUUUCUCGGUUUUAUCCUUAAGUACUACUCUAACAAUGCUUAAGAAUAUUUUUGGCAUUCUGAUGGAGAGGACGCCGAGUGAGAUUAACAUCAUUCAUCUCGAAAAUGGUCUUAGAAGUAUCAAGGGAGUGCAGGAGGUUCACGAUUUGCACGUUUGGGCUAUAACGGUUGGUAAACUUUUUCUAUCGUGUCAUGUAGUAGCCGAACCGGGCAUUAGUUCUAUUGAUUUACUUGAUACGAUGAAACAGUAUUGCGAAAACACUUAUCAAAUACAACAUGUAACCAUACAAAUUGAGUAAGAGUAUGUUCUUUUCUGUUCCA